AUGUCUGAUAAGAAGGCAAGUCUCCUCCUCGGAGAGCUCGAUGUUGAACAUCGAGAAGCCCCGAGACGCCCUGGCUGGCGCAUCAUGGCUCAGCGGCUUGCUCAGGCUGUCUGUUUGGCCGGCGCACUCUACGCCUGCGUCUCGUACGGCCGCGUGAGCAGCGGAACAAGAGGCGUCGAUGUGGAUAGGCUGAUGCGAGAGAACCCAUUGAUAGAUACACACAAUGACUUCCCCGGGCUCAUUCGCGGGCUGUAUGGGAAUGACAUCUAUCAGAAGAACUUCACAGUUGAAGACAGCUUGCCCAUGCAUGUAGACUUCCCCAGGCUUCGGAAGGGCCGUGUAGGAGGUCAGUUCUGGAGUGUCUACGUCGACUGCCCGGAAGAAUCAGACAAGUACGAUGAUUCAGUUUAUUCAAAGAGCGUGCAUGAUACCUUCCAGCAGAUCGACCUGGUGCAGCGGCUCAUCCAGCGAUACCCGGAUUUCCUCGUCCGCGCCAUGACAGCAGCAGACGUGGAGGAUAACUUUGCGGAGCAGCCAGGCAAGAUCUCCAGCCUGAUGGGCAUCGAGGGCCUCCAUCAGAUCGGAAACAGUGCCAGUAUCCUUCGAGCAUACUACAAUCUCGGGGUCCGAUAUGCCACCCUCACUCACUUCUGUCACAAUAAGUACGCCGAUAGUGAGCACCCUGCAAAGCCUCUGCAUGGCGGCCUGUCAGACGCCGGCAAGGAGAUGGUGCUUGAAAUGAACCGCAUAGGCAUGAUGGUCGAUAUCUCGCAUACCAGUGCAGAUACGCAGCGAGGUGUUCUGAAAACCUCUCGUGCACCGGUGAUAUUCUCUCAUUCCAAUGCCUUUACCGUCUGCAAAAAUACAAGAAACGCGCCGGAUGACGUACUGCAUAUGCUCAAGGAGAAUGGAGGUGUUAUCAUGGUCACCUUUUUGCCGGGUUAUGUCAAUUCGUCAGGUAACGCUACUCUAUCUGAUGUUGCUGACCAUAUUCAAUACAUCGGUGACUUGAUCGGCUAUCAACAUGUUGGAAUCGGAUCUGAUUUCGAUGGUAUGAAUGGUGUUCCCACGGGGCUUGAAGAUGUCUCUCACUAUCCGGAUUUGAUUCAGGAGCUGGCCAACCGCGGUGUUCAUGUUAAAGACCUCGAGAACCUGAUGGGCCACAAUAUUCUGAGAGUCCUGCGUCAGGUCGAAAAGGUUUCUGCACGGCUGUCCAAGUGUAGGAGACCACUCCAGGAUUAUAUCCAGCCACGGUAG